GGGGCUGUCUUUGUUGUAUCAAAAAGCUGGACAAGUGCGGAACUUUUUGUUUUUUGUAGCAUUUUGUAAAGUCACACGAGACUAGUGUCGUGUAUGUGUAUACAUCAUUAGUGUUUAGUUUUAUGCGAUUAAACUGCGACUGCUUCGGCUCCGUUGGCAACUCCUUUCGUUAUUCGCAGAUACAUUAAAAAAAAAAAAUGGCUUUGUCAGCAGUUCGAAGGAUCCUCAUCACUGACAACGUGGACCCGGUCUGCAAGAAGACUUUACAAGAAAAUGGCAUUGAAGUUACCGAAAGGCAUCAGAUGAGCAAAGAGGAGCUGCUUUCAGAAAUAAAGGCUUAUGAUGGAUUUAUUGUCCGUUCUGCAACAAAGGUUACUGCCGAUAUAAUCAAAGCAGCUGAAAACCUCAAAAUUAUUGGACGGGCAGGAACUGGAGUGGAUAACGUUGACGUUGAUGCGGCCACUAAAAGAGGCAUAAUUGUCAUGAACACCCCUAGUGGCAACACGAUCAGUGCAGCUGAACUCACCUGUGGAAUGAUAGGGUGUCUUUCCAGACAGAUUCCACAGGCUGUUAUGUCAAUGAAGGCAGGCAAGUGGGACAGAAAGAAGUUUAUGGGCGCAGAGCUGUAUGGCAAAACUGUUGGAAUUGUGGGCCUUGGGCGAAUUGGAAAAGAAGUUGCCAUUCGAAUGCAGUCAUUUGGGAUGAAGACGAUUGGGUACGACCCUAUAAUUCCUCCCGCAGUCACAGCCAGCUUUGGAGUGGAGCAGUUUUCCCUCGAGGAUCUCUGGCCGCUUUGCGACUAUAUUACUGUUCAUACUCCCUUAAUGCCAUCAACUACCGGUUUACUAAAUGACACAACCUUUGCUAAGUGCAAAAAGGGAGUGAAAGUGGUCAAUUGUGCCCGUGGUGGUAUAAUUGAUGAAGAUGCUUUGUUGAGAGCGUUGGAGUCGGGACAGUGUGGAGGUGCAGGGCUGGAUGUUUUUGCUGAGGAGCCGCCAGUGAAUCGAUCACUCAUAGACCAUCCAAAUGUGAUCUGCUGUCCUCAUCUGGGAGCCAGUACUAAAGAGGCUCAGAUUCGUUGUGGACAAGAUAUUGCAACACAGAUUGUUCAAAUGGUGCAUGGAGAAGCCUUGAUUGGAGCUGUGAAUGCACAGAUCCUCAUGAGUGCCUUGACGCCAGAAUCGAUGCCCUGGAUUAAGCUGGGAGAAGCUCUAGGAUGUUUGUCCAGGGCAUGCACUGGCCUGACGAGAAAUCAGGUGCAAGUUACAACAACAGGGCAUAAUCUGAAGAAUGCUGCUGGUUACCUCAGUGCUGCAGUGGUGGUUGGAUUAUUGAGAGAGAAGCCGGUAAACGGAGUGAAUAUCAUCAAUGCAUUAACACUGGCUGAAGAAGCUGGAAUAGCGGUUUCCAAGAGCCAUGUCGACGCCUGUCCGUUUCCAUCUUCUGAAGCCUGCACAGUGGACGUAUCUGCAAACGGAGUCUCAUGCAAAAUUGUGGGCUCAAUCCAAGGAAACAUUCCGGUGCUGCUGGGGAUAAACGGAAGUGUUUUUAAAAAGCCAGUCUCACUUAAUGGCAACCUGCUUUUAUUUAGAGCCUCGGCCAAGCCCCAGGUUUUGCCUACUAUUGCAGGUAUUUUGUCAGAAUCUGGCCUUGACAUUGAGUCAUUUAGUGCCUCUUCGGUUACAGAAGGAGAACAGUGGUGCAUGAUGGGACUGUCUUCUUUGUUAGACAAUCUGGCUGCUGUGAAAGCGCAUGUGAAGGAAGCCGCCCAGUUUUCCAUUUAAAAAUGUCUUUGUCACACUCUAUAGCUUCUGGGAGUGUUCCUUUUGUGCUUUAGAACUCGCCUUCUCAGACAUGCAGCUUCUAGAAAAACAAAAUGACAAAAAAUAACUCGGAGUAUUAAGUGAGUUAUAUUCAAAUGUGAAUAACGGUUAACUAUAUUCUUAAGUAUUAAUAUAAAAGUGGUUUAUAAAUGUGAAAUGUUUAGAAUAAUUUUAUUGAGAUCACUGUUAAAUGUACCCUUUUUAUGUUAAAUGUUAAAAACUGUUCAUUUAUGUGAAAGAAAUGGUUAACUGUUAGUAUAACUGCCAACUAUUAUGUUUUUGUCUCCAGUUUUUUUGAAUUUGAUAUGGUAAUAUAUAUUUUAUUGUGCUGCAGGUGCUUCACUGAAGAUACUUGUUGAGUCACUUUUCUGUUGAAAGGGCACAAUAAAGUAUACCUUAACUGGAAGAAGCUCAUUUUAAAGUUAUUUAAUAAAAAAGAAUAGCAACAUGAAUGGAAUGGGAGAUAAAGCAGGCAAUAAAAGAAAGGGGUCAUGGGGAUUGCAGCAUUACCCAGUUUCACAAACAAGGAAACGGGCACUAAAGUUGGAUUUUGGACAACUUUAAUAGAUUAUUUGUUGCUUCUUUGUGUAGGAUUUUGUCAUCACCAUAAAACUCUAAAUGUUUUUACAGAGCAAAGGAUUCUAGUGUAAGUGAUCUGAAUAACAGAAUCGUAUUUUAAUGUAUACAAACAAUGCUUGGUCUGUUAAACAGGCUUUAUACAUUGUGGUCACCAGGGGGCGCUGCAGCUCCCCAAACUCUCAACACAAACAGAGGUGGACACAACUCCAUCAAACACUUUUAUUGUGGGAAACUCUUUACAGUAAGCACUUCUCACUUCAAAGUAAGCCCACCACUUCCCAAGCACAAUGACUGGCUCUUUUUUUCCAGAAAGCUUAGUCUACCUUCUCCCAACUUUGACUCCCAGAUUGAAGCAAGGCUGCUCCUUUAAUCCUAACCCAGGACUGCUUCCAGUGGUGUGACACUUUGGCUCUGAAGCACUUCUGGGUGAGGUUGAAGCACCACGGAGCAGGUGCCAACAAACCAUGCAGCUCCCCCUGGCGGACUUCACAGAACACAACAGGGCUGUCCCCAGGACUACAAUACCCAGUAUCCCCUGUGGGUAUCCUUGCAGGGAUCCCAGCCUGGGUUGACUACCGCCUACUAUCUUAGAGAAAGCACCAGCUCGAGUAAGCUGCCACCUCCUGUCCUUCCAAUGGCCUCCAGGGAUCCUUACUGCUCAUACGGGCCGUUCGUCACAAUCUUUAUGUUUCAAAUAGUUAUUAAUUUGUACAUUAGUUUAAAAUUAAUGAUAUCAUUUACAAUUCAUGGUGACCACCAUUUGUUAAAGGGCAGUAUCUUUACAUAUAAUACACUACCGUGGCUGUUUGUUUGACUGUCCGGGAUUUAAAAUCACCUUUAGCUCGCAAACAGUUUGAACUGUUGACCUGAAAUUUGGUACACGUAUACUACGUGACAUCUACUAUCCGCUUUCGUGGUGAUGAUUGACCUCCAAGGUUAUUCCUCUUUUUAUUUCUAUUUUAUUUGAUUGUAGAAUCAACUCUCGGUUGCGGCUGGCACGGCAGCAACGCAGUGCAUGUGUAUGGGCGCCGUUCUCAUCCCUACCACCUUCUCUGUCACUACAUCACUACCUCUUCAUUGUGUAAUGACCCGGCAGUCAGUGCUGACAGUGUGGUGCAUUGUGGGUAUAUUUCUGUAACAUUUACUGUUUGUACUGGGCAAGGUAAUUGAUUUCCUGUUCUAUAAAUGUUACAUGUGUUUAUUUUUCGGUUGCUUGGGUGGGCUUGGGUCAUUUGAAGCCCAGGUAUAAGUAAGUGUAACAAGUUACCAUCAGUGAGAGGGAUGUUUCUAUGAAUGACCUUGACAAUGGCCUUGCAGUGUGUUUAGCUUGAGCUUUGUUUCUGACUAUCUGCUCUAAUAAAGAGAUACAAAAGGA